AUGCUUGCCUCCAAGCCACCGUUUACCGCCAACACCGGAAAUCCCCAGCAGAUGCUCGUCCGCAACUUCUCCGAGUCUUCGACCAGAACGCAAAUGACCUCGAUGGCUCUGCAAGACGGCCUCUUUACCUCCCCAACAGAUUCUGAAUUCUCCGAUGUCUAUGACGGGCUGGACUCGAUAAGGGCGUGGGACGAGAAAAAGGUGGGAGAGUGGCUGCACUCGAUCCGCUGCGGACAGUAUGAACCUCUUUUCAAAGCGAACAACUUUACAGGAGAGAGUUUACUGGAAUGUGACCAGAAGAUAUUGUCAGAGAUGGGUAUCAAGAAAAUUGGUGACCGCGUGCGAAUCAAUGUGGCAAUUAAACAGCUGCGGAACAAGUCAUCCUUGUUACGCUCCAGGAGAAACCGAGAUAGCCUUGCUAUCCUGGAUGGCAUUGCUGGAACCCCCUCCUCUUCGGACUCUCCUCGAACCCACGGGUCUAGGUCACACAAUGGUAGCGGCAAACGUUUCUCCCGCCAGCUCGACUCCUCCGUCUUGCAGAAUUUCAACUCGGCCAGCACAGGGUUCAAAGUCGGGUCGAGACCAAGCUCACCUCUCGCAGAUGUACACAGCGCAGGCCUUCGAUCACAUCGCUAUGCACAAAGCCCGAUGGACGGUGGGAGAAACGCGUCUGGGGGAGGAUACUUCAGCCAACCAGGAUCAGCGAAUUCCACGUCCGGCAGACGACCUGAAACUCCACAGCUCGCAAGUCAAACCACGCGAGCAGCUCAUCUCCGGCAAAACUCGAGCAUCGAUGGCCUGACGCCUGGUGGAUUGCCCUCAGGAUCCCCUGUCAUCAAAAUCAUCCAUAACGGUGGGCAAACGAAGGUUGUGAAUAUCAAAUUUUGUCGGACGGCCGACGAUGUCACGUCGACAGUGCUGAAGAAAUUACACCUACCAGAAACUCAUUUUCGCAACUAUUGCUUUUACGUCCUCAAUGGCCUGGACCCAGAUCCAGGAAAUUGUCGCCGUGUAAGCGACAGCGAACUCAUGAGGAUCUGUAAUGAGUCAACCCGAUCAGAGAGGAAUCGAUUGAUUUUGAGAAAGAUCAACGACGGGCCUCCCGACGUGGACGAACUCCAGAAAGCGGCCAAGAUUGCGGCCGAUGAAUCACAGGUUUUGCACAGCAAUGCACUGAGCACAAACAACAUGCGCAACCAGAUAAAGCUGCAGAAGCUCACAGGAGAGUCAUGGCACAACAUUCAAGUCCCCAUCUCACCAGUUACCACUACGGAUCGAAAUCGAAACAUUAUUGCGACUGCGGAUGAACACGAUCGGCAGGAAGCCCAGCAACACCUCAGAGUUCCUAGUAAUCAGAAUACGAAGCUCCGUACUUUCUUUGGGGCACGACCUCCUAGCGAGAUGAUUGUGCAAGAGUUGACCUCUUAUUUCCCUGCUCAUCAACGCGAGGAUAUCGAAAAGACAAUGAGGCUAUCAGUCCGACGCUCACAACGCAUGAGUCGCGCACAAAGUCGCCUAAGCGUGAUGAGCAACGUGAGCAUGGCCUCUAGCCUCAAGGACGCUCCUCCCGUACCAAGCAUUCCCAGCAUUGCCGACUCCUGGCUGUACCAGACCGGUAUGGCCCCUCGCACUCCUGCUGCCCGACCACUCUCGGUAGUGUCGAACAGGUUCAAUCUUAUGAACCAGUCGUUCCGUGAUUCCAUUGCCUCGUCAACGCUCCACCCGUUGCAGGAAGAAUCCCCCAUCGAGCCGAACAGGAAAUCAUAUGUCUCAUUUGACAGCGGUUCCGAUACUGCUGCCCAGGGUGAAGCAGCUAGGGCAAGCUAUUUUGACGAGAGUCCUGGGGUCCCUCUGAAUACCGACAAUGUGAAUGAACGAUUGUCGGUGAUCGUGGCUGAGGAUGGUGAGGAGGAAGACCAGGAGCUGAACUCGUUCCUCCAAGGCAACAGCUUCGACAAGAACAACUGGAUGAAGGGUGAUUUGAUCGGCGAAGGCUCAUUUGGCAGUGUCUAUCUCGCCCUGCAUGCUGUGACUGGUGAAUUGAUGGCAGUCAAGCAAGUCGAGUUGCCCAAUGUGGCCAAGGGCACCGAAGGUGACAAGAAAAAGACGGCCAUGAUUGCAGCCUUGAAGCAAGAGAUCACACUCUUGCAAGGCCUUCGUCAUCCACAUAUUGUGCAAUACUUGGGUACUUCAUCGGACGAGGAGCACCUCAACAUUUUCCUCGAAUAUGUUCCAGGUGGCUCCAUCGCCGGCAUGCUCAAGCAAUACAACACUUUCCAGGAACCACUCGUCCGGAACUUCACCAGACAAAUUCUCGAGGGUCUGUCAUACUUGCACUCUCGCAAUAUCAUUCAUCGAGACAUCAAGGGCGCUAAUAUUCUGGUCGACAACCGCGGUGCCGUGAAAAUCUCCGAUUUUGGUGUUUCCAAGAAAACCAACUUCAAUGGUAUGAACACUGCACCGGGCACCCGCACAUCUCUUCAAGGAAGCGUCUUCUGGAUGGCUCCCGAAGUCGUCCGCCAGUCUGGACAGUCGCUCAAGUCAGACAUCUGGUCAGUCGGGUGUCUUGUUGUUGAGAUGUUCACAGGAUCCCGCCCAUUCCCAUCAAUGACGACGCUUCAAACGCUGUUUGCUGUCGGAAGCAAUAACGAGAAACCAAGUAUUCCCGAGCAUGCAAGUGAGGACGCGAAGCGGUUUAUGGGGAAGACCUUUGAGGUUGACCAUGAAAAGAGGCCUGGCGCAGAUGAGUUGUUGAAAGAGAGGUUUUUGCUGCCUACGGCUUGA